AUGUGGUUGAAGCCAGAAGAAAUUCUGUUGGCAAAUGCUCUCUGGGUAACAGAGAGAGCCAAUCCUUUCUUCAUCCUACAAAGACGGAAGGGAUAUGGAGGAGGAGGAUUGACCGGCCUCUUGGUUGGCACACUGGACACUGUCCUGGACAGCAAGACACCUCCGUACAGAAUCCUUCAUCAACCAGAGGGAUCAGAUGUCAGUUACACUGUGGCCGUUGCCAACAACAAAAAGGAGAUUCAUAAAGAUUGGGAAUGGCUGGAGCAGCACUUGAUGGAGACCCUGGGUGCAUUUGAGUCAAAUGAAGAUGCAACAGAGUUCAUCCGAUGUAAAAUUGAAAGUCUGUUGGCCAAUGAAGUGAAACUGAAGGGAGAAGAUGACGAUGAGACCAAGAGAUAUAAAAAUGCAACCAGGAAGUUCAUGAAACUCUUUAACAUGCCAAAGGAAGAGAAACUAGUCAAUUACUACUCAUGCAGCUACUGGAAGAGUCGAAUGCCACGUCAGGGAUGGAUGUAUCUGAGUGUAAACCAUUUGUGUUUCUAUUCCUUCCUGUUGGGACGAGAGGACAAAGUCAUCAUCCGCUGGACAGAUAUAUUGAAAUUGGAAAUUGGUAACAAUGUUCUGUUUCCUGAUAGUGUGGUGGUGAAGACUAGAGAAGGGGAGUAUUACUUUUCCAUGCUUUUACAAAGUGGGGAGACCUUCCGACUGAUGGAACAGCUCGCUAAUAUGGCUAUGAAACAGUUGAUGCAGGAAGGUGGAUUUGAGGAAGACAAGACUAUUGUUGACAGGACAAAGAAAAAGACACCAAAGAAGAUGUCUUCAAUUAAGAGGGAUUUGGAUGCCAGAGCUAGAAGUGACGCCUUCAGGUUAGCAUUCCGUUUACCAACAAUGGAGAAACUGGAUGGCAACACUGACUGUACUCUAUGGACACCAUAUAACAAACAGAAUGUUUGGGGUAGGCUUUACCUGUCUCAGAAUUACAUCUGCUUUGCUAGCAGGGUGCGUGAACUAGUCAGUAUUGUUAUGCCAACGCGUGAGAUUCAGCUGGUAGAAAAAGUUGAUAACUCGGCAUCAGCUGACAGUAACCAGAAAGGUCUUGUCAUCACCACCAAGGGCAAGCUGAAUUUUAUGUUCUCUCAACUGGGAGAUCGAGACCUCAUACUGGAGAAGAUUUCUGAUUUCUUAGCCAGACAGCAGCAGCCUGAUCCAGGUUUGCCUAAGGCUAGGACAAAGUCAGAAGAUGCUAGCAUUGGAAGUGAAGGUCCAGAAACAUCUGGCUCCAGUUUUGAUUUGCAGCCAGCGUUGGUCAAGCUCUUCUGUCGGAGAGACUCGGAUGAGUUGUCGUCCAGGGAAACAGUCAAGGAACAUCUGUGGAAUAUCCACUUCGCUGAGUAUGGCAGGGGUGUGUGUAUGUAUCGAACAGUGGCAACAAUACAACUUAUACUAAAAGGUCUUCCAGAGAAAUUUCGGGGUGAGGUGUGGAUGCUGUUCUCAGGUGCCAUAAAUGAGAAAUCAUGUAACCCUGGUUACUACCGGAAACUUGUAGAGGAAAGUGCUGGCAAAUACUCAUUGGCAACAGAUGAAAUAGAGAGAGACUUACACAGGUCUUUACCAGAACACCCUGCGUUCCAGUCUGACCUUGGGAUCGGGGCCCUCAGAAGGGUGCUAACAGCCUACGCCUGGAGAAACCCUACCAUAGGCUACUGCCAGGCGAUGAACAUUGUCACUAGUGUAUUGCUACUUUAUACUGAUGAAGAGGAAGCAUUCUGGCUUCUGACUGCUAUAUGUGAGCGACUACUGCCAGACUACUACAACACUAAAGUAGUCGGCGCUCUCAUUGACCAAAGUGUGUUCGAGGAGCUGAUUAAGGACAACCUACCAAGUCUGUACCAGAAGUUAGAGACUCUGGGACUGCUCAGUAUGAUCUCACUGUCGUGGUUUCUUACUAUAUUUCUGAGUGUUAUGCCCUUCAGUUGUGCUGUCAACAUACUUGACUGCUUCUUCUACGAUGGAGCUCGAGUGAUUUUUCAAGUGGCCCUGACCAUACUGGACACCAAGAAGGAUCAGUUACUGGCGGCCAGAGACGAUGGGGAGGCGAUGACCAUCCUGGGAGCAUAUCUGGAGAAUGUGUCCAACCGUGACUCUACUAUGCCAAACAUCGCCCAUACCAACAUGCUCUGUACUAAUGGUGUCCAGAAGGAAGCCUCUGUGGAUAUCAGCGAACUUAUCAGUGAAAGUUACCGAAAUUUUGGUCAUCUGAAUAACCAGGACAUUGACAAACUCCGACUCAAGUACAGGCUUCAGGUUGUCCAGACAAUUGAAGAUAGCACCAAGAAAAAUGUCCUCCGUAGUGUUGCCUCACACACUUUAUUUCAAGGCAAGGAACUAGAGGAUCUGUUCAUCCUGUUUAAGGAGGAGUACUUGACGUCCUGUUACUGGCGAACCAGUCAACAGCCUGUGGAUACUGCAGACAAGUUUGACCCCUCAAGGCCAUACUAUGAGAUCUAUAAGGUUGACUUUGACCAGUUCAAGACCAUGUUCCUGUCACUGGCUCCCUGGGCGACGGGAUCACAAAGCCAUAUCCUGGCCCUUAGGGCCUUCAGGUACCUUGACGGGAAUGCUGACAACAUGAUUAACUUUAAGGAGUUUGUUUACUUGUUGGGUGUGAUCUGUCAUGGGGACCUUACACUUAAACUAAAACUACUGUAUCAGUGUCACCAACCCCCUGCUCUACUGCCAUCAGAUGACCUUGAAAGUGGGGAGAUACCCACAUCUCCCAAGUCAGAGUCGACUGAGAGCGCUGUGGAGGCCACAGACUUUUUUGACAGUGGUGACACAUUACAAGAUGAGAUUGAGUUACCCGGAGAUCCAUCACCACCACCAUUAGAGGAGGUUGUGGAAGAUCUACCCACAAACGAGGACCAAGAAAAGGGAGAAAUUGCAUCCAAAGACCAAAAUAUUUCUCAAGGUAUCUCUAGUCAGACUAAAGAAAAUACAGAUGGGCAGACUGCAGCUCCUAAAACAGAGGGGGCGGAGUCUGAUGACAAACAGACUGAUGGGACCAAUGAAAAUACAGAGUCUGAAAAUGGUCAGGGAACAAAGCUGGAGAUGGAGUUGGUUAAUGGUGAAGCCACAGCCGAAGUGGAAACGAGUGAUGCUCCUUCACCAGACGAACCAAGUGAAGCUUCGGACAGCAGCAAUUCAGCAAAAGUGUCAGAUAUAGGUGACAGUCUGAGAAAAAUGUACCAGAAGCGACAAGAGCUGAAGAAGAAGGAUAGUAAAGCUGACUUUAAGGAUGUUCCUCGAAUGACACAGGUACAGUUUAUUCAACUUUGUAAGACUCUGUACGACAUGUUCAGUGAUCAGUUCGAGGAACAAGAAUUGUAUCAUUCUAUCGCCACAGUUGGUACACUACUGCUAGAACUGGGAGAGGUAGGCAAGAAAUUCUACCUCAAGAAAUCUUCGCCAUCUGAGAGCUCUGUCACAGACACACCUCUGUCCUGUAGCGCUGAUAGCGGCAUGGACAUGGACCGUCUGGCACAAACCAUUCAGCAUACUCGCCUGGACACUGACAAAUCAGGGGAGGAAACUCAAGAGGAAGAAGGAAGUGAUAGGACCUCGGGAAUUGAAUCAGGAUCUGAGAACACUGUAGAUUCUUCUUCUAAAACCACAGCAGAUAUCUCUUCAGAUUCAAAUCAGUCAUUUUCUAAGCCAGAUUCUGAUUGGUCAAUAUCUUUUGAACAGUUCAUAGCAUCAAUGCUAACUGAACCCGCAUUGGUUGAAUUCUUUGAAAAGCAUACAGAUGUGACUGAGUCUGUUGCUAAAAUGAGAAAUCGUAGGUUAAUGAAAAGACAAUUGGGUGUUUUUCCAGAUGAGAAAAAGAAAUGAUGUAGACAGGAUAAAGCAAAAAUAACAUGACACAAAAUGGCAGGUUAAUUGAUAACUUUUGCUGACAUUGUGGUUUGUGUAAAUUCUUUAGUUUUAUCCACGUCUUUUGUUUAACACUAUUUACUAUGUAAAAAUUCAAUACUGAAGUACAGCUGAGAUUUCACAAUAUUUAUUUCACUCUGUUUUAAUGAGGUUACAUCUUUCUUGGUAUGUUAAACAUACUGGUACGUCAUUUGCUGUCUUAAGUCUUGUUUUCAAUAAACUCAAUAGCACAGGCAGUUUUGAAACAAUUGUUUUCACUAAUGUUGGAGUUGAUUUAAACCAAUCUGCUUUGAAAUUAUCUGCAAUGAUUUUGUAAAAAGAAAAAAAUUGAAAUUCAAAUGAUUUUGAAAUAAAUGUUAUGCUUUAGAUUUAAGAUUGAAUUCGAAAUAGCAUCAGAUUAAAGUAUUUUGUAAUGGAAUGUGCAUUUUAAUAGGAUUAUACUUCUAUGUAUUAAUUGUUUUUAGGUGAUUCACUAGAACACUUAUUGAGUCCUGAUAAUUAUAGGAACAUAUUUAGGUGAUUCACUAGAACACUUAUUGAGUCGUGAUAAUUAUAGGAACAUAUUUAGGUGAUUCACUAGAACACUUAUUGAGUCGUGAUAAUUAUAGGAACAUAUUUAGGUGAUUCACUAGAACACUUAUUGAGUCGUGAUAAUUAUAGGAACAUAUUUAGGUGAUUCAAUAGAACACUAAUUGAGUCCUGAUAAUUAUAGGAACAUAUUUAGGUGAUUCACUAGAACACUAAUUGAGUCCUGAUAAUUAUAGGAACAUAUUUAGGUGAUUCAAUAGAACACUAAUUGAGUCCUGAUAAUUAUAGGAACAUAUUUAGGUGAUUCACUAGAACACUAAUUGAGUCCUGAUAAUUAUAGGAACAUAUUUAGGUGAUUCACUAGAACACUAAUUGAGCCCAGAUAAUUAUAGGAACAUAUUUAGGUGAUUCACUAGAACACUUAUUGAGUCGUGAUAAUUAUAGGAACAUAUUUAGGUGAUUCACUAGAACACUAAUUGAGUCCUGAUAAUUAUAGGAACAUAUUUAGGUGAUUCAAUAGAACACUAAUUGAGUCCUGAUAAUUAUAGGAACAUAUUUAGGUGAUUCACUAGAACACUAAUUGAGUCCUGAUAAUUAUAGGAACAUAUUUAGGUGAUUCACUAGAACACUAAUUGAGUCCUGAUAAUUAUAGGAACAUAUUUAGGUGAUUCACUAGAACACUAAUUGAGUCCUGAUAAUUAUAGGAACAUAUUUAGGUGAUUCACUAGAACACUAAUUGAGUCCUGAUAAUUAUAGGAACAUAUUUAGGUGAUUCACUAGAACACUAAUUGAGUCCUGAUAAUUAUAGGAACAUAUUUAGGUGAUUCACUAGAACACUAAUUGAGUCCUGAUAAUUAUAGGAACAUAUUAAUGAAGUGUUUUUUAUCUACUGGUCAUGUUAUUUUGUUGGAUAUUUAGGUACCCAGGCUACCAUGAGAGUCCCUCACUGUGGACAUUCUUAAAGGUGCCAAAUGUUUUAUAUAGGUGGACAUAAUAAUAAAGGACUUUGGCAUGUUUGACUGACUAAAUACAAUCUGGAUUUUAAGAGAAUUUGGAAAGUGGUUUUUCUUGAAGUUUUACCAAAGAUUUAAAAAAAAAAAAAGAAAAGGUGUGAAUUCUACAGCACACUGAUUUUCUGUAUUAGUAAUAUUUCCUAAUUUUUUUCUUUGUUCAUUUUAUUCCAUCCUUUAAAACAGCAAAAUUCUAGAACCCUUAAAAAAAAACAACUAUUACAGUAUGUUAAGGGACACGGUUUUAUGUCUUCACGAAGUUCUUGUUGAAACUCAAAAAAUACAUAAAAAUGCAUGAUAUAUGUAAAUCUAUGUACAAGUAUUAACUGUACAGCAAAAGUAUAAUUUGACUUUCCUAUUUGUAACACAAAGCUAAAAAAAUUGGAAAUUUGUGAUCAUUUUUACAUCUGAAAUCGUCAAGUCAGGUGACAUGUAUAUUGGAUGUAAACUUGAUAUUGUUGAUUUAAAAAGGGUAUCCGUGCAACUUUGUCAGAUCUUUUUGUGAUUGUUUUACACUUUUGCAAUACAGCAUUUAAUGGGCAUUAAAUAUUAUAGUUUAUUAACAAUGAUUUCCGUGUGUUUUUGAUAAAAACAAUUUGUAUCAGGCUAAGUACUUAAUCCAGUAAUUUCAUUUAAACGCUAAAGCCUUUGUAGAGUUAAUAUUAUAGUGUAUUUAGAAAAAAAAAACAACAAAGCAUGCUUACCAAAACAAAGAUAAGAAGGAUUAAAGUUGAAAAAGAAACUGAAUAGCCCUUUGCUGUUUGUAUUUCCUGACACAACAGGACCCUGUGAUAUUUUAUGCUAUAUGAAACAAGGCCGUUUGCUGUCUUUAUUUCCUGUAUUUUGUUUUCUUACUGUAUUUACGAGACCAUACCUUGCCAUGUACAAUCAGCAACACUAUGCUAUGAUAUGGUCAGUAUUCAUGUGAUAUUAUGCUCCAGCAGUUUAUGGUUAAUUGUAGGGUUGGCCUAGGUCUUUCAGUUUACAUAUGUAAAACUCAUCAUAUGUUAAUUUGACACCAUGUUAACCUGUAAAACAUCUACAUCUGGUCCGAGACCACCAAAAUCAAUUGUAUCUCAGUCAAAAUGUCAACAAAUAUUGUAUCAUUGCCAUGUAAUAAGCCCGCCUCUUUUAUUAGAAGUCUUGUUUUGAAUACCUGGGUUCUUUACAGUAUAAAUGCAGUAAUAUUUAUUCUUCAAUGUUUGUUCAGAAAUAGGUUGUACAGAUCAUCAGAAUGUGAUGUUGUAUGUCGACAUCAAACCAACACGCAUUAAAAUCAGUCCAUACCAAGGUUUCUAGGGUUUUAUUUUCAUUAUUUUAUCAACUUAGGUGAUAUAUUUGUGUAAAUUUUUCAGUACGUUUGUAGAGUGCAGUAUUUAAGAAGUGGUAGCAACACCUAAGUUUAUGUAAAUGAAUUUACAGCUCUGUCACUGCUACAAACGUCUUUCAUUGUACAUGUUUUGUAUGAGAACCCUGCCAUAAAUGUUUACCCUGCCAUGUAAUGACCUAUACAUUUUAGACUAGUUAGGAACUGGACAAGAGUUCGUAAUAUGCAGGUUUAUGGUAUACACAGGUUUGAGUUAGGGAGAAAUGUAAAUAUUUGCUGUUGGUGAAGCUGAUGAAUGUGAUAUUAAUUUUUUUAAAAUGAAUAAUUAAUUGUUGCCUUUGUGUAUUAAUUGAUGACUUCGUAUGUUAAAUUCAUAAAUUUCACAUGUAUCACAUGAAAUCUGCUGACUUGUUUUGCUUAAAUGUUUUGUUCUUUGUCUUUAGAUUAUUACCUGUACAAGGACUCUCUGAAUUAAUGAUUUUUUUCUGAAGAUGCUAAAUGACUUUUUUACACUAAUACAAGUGUAUUUUUCCCCCAAAAAUAGCACUUUAGCAUCAUUUAAGUAGUAAUAUAAAUUGUUAUAAAUUGUAAACACGUCUUAAAAAUAUCAAAUAUCAUUUAAAAAUCAUACUCCAAUACCACUGUGCAUACUAUAAUGAAUAUCUGGUAGUUUUAACCAGUAGAUGUGUUACUGUAUAAAGUGCUUAUUUACAUCUAAACAUUGUUUAUUUUAGUUAAAAACUAUUCAAUGUUUUUGUUUUAUUUCCAUUCUACUCAGGAAAUGAGUGUUUUGUAGUAUUUUUCCUCAUUACUUGUUAAUUGUGUUUACAUUUGAGGCUACAGGUAUACCGGGCGGUAAAUGAAUUUCACACCUAAUGGAGAUUAUAUUUAUACGAGAGUGCAUGAAGUGCUUUUUAUCAAAAAGUUUCAUGUGGAAAGUAAUUGGUGAUAAUUUUGUGGAUUACUAAUGAAUGUUAAAUCUACAGUAUGAUAUAUAAUAAAAUUACUUUGGUUUGUUCAAAAUUCAGAAUUGAACCUUGUUAUGUAUUAUAAAGUCUUGAAGUGUUGUAAUGAUAGCACUUCUAUAGUUUUUGUGUGUCAGAGUAAUCUCUGUCAAGGAUAUUUUAUUUAGAAACAGGGACAGGGAAUUUGUUGAGCACAGUCACUAAACAUUUCCCUAGGCUACUUGAACAUCUCACUUAAAGUCUGAUGAAAAUACAGGCUUUAUCAGUAAAGGGUAAAAUAUUUUUGUAAAAGUUACAGAUAUCUGUUUAAACUUUGACUUUUUGUAAUAUUUCUUAAUGGGAUUAGAAAGUAAUCUUCAAUAAAUACAAUUAAAUGAAGUCAUAUUUUAAUGAAAUGCAUGAAAUUUGAAGACAUUUUUAGAACAACUUACUCAAUCAAAGCAAAUGACUUGAAGAUCGAUUUUUUUAUGAAGCUCGAUUUUUGUGGUUUUUCAAAAUAAAUGAAAAUGAAACAUCCUCAAAAGUUAAUAAUUUCACACCAUAGUAAAAUGUUGAAAUUUUGUGAUGAAGACCUUGUAGAAAUAUUUUGUAGGUGGAGUAGUCAGAACAGAAGGGUAAAGUCUUGUUGACCUUCAGUUAUUAGUACUUGUUAUAGAGAAGCUCACAUUCAUUUCUGGAGCUUAGGUCCAGUCUAACAUAGGAAAUGGUCAUCUUGUUGAAGUUCAGCCUGAUGGGUGAAUAGUCUAGUUAUCAAACCAGGAAUUUGUUUUUAAGAUUUGUAAUCUUUGUUCUUGAAGUGUUAACUAUAAACAUUAGCUUUAGGCUACUUAAAGAUUAACAUCCGUAAUUUUAGUGUAUUCAUCUCUGACUUUAUCAACACUUAACACUAACAUUUUGUCAUAGAUUCCACUUCGUAUAAAAAUAAUAAAAAACAAACUUAAAUGAAAUCACAUCAGUCAUUUUAACUAGUCACUGUAAUAUUGCUUUAGUGGGAAUACUGUGAUACCAACAUCAACAAUCUGUUUCAAUUUUUAAAUCCUUUUGAACAUAAAUUACACUUUAAACUUGAUGUCAGUUGCAACUUGUUGCCUAGGAUGAUGUCAGUUGCCACUUGAUGCCUAGAAUGAUUGCAUCUUUUUGUUGAAAAGGUCACUCUGACUGGGACUCCUACUUAUUGAUAUUUCUGCUUAAUACUACCUUUUUUAAAUUGGAUAUUGAUAUUGUCACUAUUGAAAAAUAUUCUUUUUUGUUGUUGUUUUAUCAGCAAAUGACUUGGUAUUAUAUAUCUUUCCCUAAAAAGUGUGUUGGUAGCUACAAUUGAAACCAUACUUUCAUGUCUACUUCCACCUUAUAUUUCAUUGUAACUCUGCGCCUUAUCAUUAACAUGGAUAAUUGUUCAGUGGGAAUUUUAAAAGGGAUUGGGUUAUUGUUAAUAGAUGUUGUGAUAAUACAUCAUAUUUCAUCUGUAACAUUAUGUAAAUCAGACACUCCAAGGGGAUGAUUUCAUAUGAGAGAACUGCAUGCUUAGGUUGUCCUAGGUUCCUCUCUCACUAGGUUUUGUUCAGAUGUCUCACAAAUUGGUGUUGGUUAAGAUGCUGUAUUUCGAGAAAUUCAUAUCCAUAUAGGAUGAAUGAAGAAACUGUGCAAUAGUGUUUGAUGAAAAACAUAUUCAUAUAUUCACAAU